GAACAGUUCAAACCACAUUCCUCAAUGUACGGGCGUCUAGUCACCCAAGAUCAACUCGCUGCCAUAGGAACGGGGACCCAGGAUACUGGUCAGAAUGAUCUGGUGUCUUUGCAGAACCGAGUUCUUUCUAAAAACAGAGAUCCAACUUGUGCUCCUCUACGAAAACUUAGCGUUGAUCUGAUCAAAAGUUACAAGCAUAUAAACGAGGUCUACUACGCUAAAAAAAAGCGACGGGCACAGCAAAUACAAGGACAGGAUACCAGUCAUAAGAAAGAACGUAAGCUGUAUAAUGAUGGGUAUGAUGAUGAAAAUCUUGAUUACAUCAUCACACGGGGAGAGAAGUUUAUGGAUCGCUAUGAAAUUGGUUCUCUUAUUGGAAAAGGAUCAUUUGGCCAGGUGGUUAAGGCCUAUGACCUUGAAGAUGAAUGUCAAGUUGCCAUAAAAAUUAUUAAGAACAAAAAACCUUUCCUGAAUCAAGCUCAGAUUGAGGUCAAACUCCUGGAGACAAUGAACAACUAUGAAGGAAAGGGAACUUACUGUCAGAUGGGAAAAGAUAAAAUAAUAAAACUCAAAGAUAAUUUCAUUUGGAGAAAUCAUCUGUGUCUGGUUUUUCCACUUCUCUCCUACAACUUGUAUGAUCUCUUGAGAAACACAAAUUUCCAUGGAGUGUCUCUAAACCUCACCCGCAAGUUUGCUCAGCAGUUGUGCACAGCUCUAGUGUUUCUUUCCAAUGUUGACCUUAACAUCAUUCACUGUGACUUGAAGCCUGAAAACAUCCUAUUGUGUAAUCCAAAACAUAGUGCCAUCAAGAUAAUUGAUUUUGGCAGCUCAUGUCAACUGGGACAGAGAAUAUAUCAGUACAUCCAAAGUAGAUUUUAUCGUUCACCGGAGGUUCUUCUUGGCAUACCAUAUGAUAUGGCUAUUGACAUGUGGAGCCUGGGCUGCAUCUUAGUAGAACUACAUACAGGAGAACCCUUAUUUAGUGGAUCUAAUGAGAUGGAUCAGAUGAACAAGAUUGUUGAAGUACUUGGAAUACCUCCUAGGCACAUGCUUGAUCAAGCCCACAAAGCUCGUAAAUAUUUUGACAAAUUAACAGAUGGGACAUACAUCCUAAAGAAACCACGAGAACUGAAAAAUUAUCAUAAACCAGGUACUAGAAGACUUCAUGAUAUCUUGGGAUGUGAUACUGGUGGACCUGGAAGUCGAAGGCUCAGUGAACCUGGUCAUACAGUUGCUGACUAUUUAAAGUUCAAAGACCUAGUCUCCCAGAUGUUGGAUUUUGAUCCAAAGAAACGUAUCACUCCAUAUCACUGCCUCCAACAUAGUUUUUUCAAAAGAACCAGAGAUGAAAGCACCAACACAUCUCCUGGCAAGAUUUCAUGUGUUGUUGUGGACCAAGUUAUUGGAAAUAGCCCAGGGUUUGGUUCUGUUGGGAAAGGAGUAAUAGGCUCAACUUCUGAAAGUUCUGGCUCUGCUGCUCAUCCAUGUGGCCGAUUAGGCUUGGUUCAAACUCAUCAGCACAGAUACACUCAAACUUCAGAGUCAUAUUCUAGGAUACAGUUUAGUAAUAGUACUUCCAUAGGCCCUGCUAUAGAUUCUUUGAGUCCAAUCAAUACAGGAUUACCAAAGAGCCAUUUGUGGGUCUCCUCAUCUGGACUUGUUGGAAAUCCUUCAGUGACAGCAACUUCAGGAGUGAUAGGAGGGUCAGCUUCCAUAAGUGAACACCUUUACUUCAAUACACCUUCAAAUGGCCACAUUCUUUAUAAUGUUCAUGGACCUAGUCACAGAUUUCGAGGGCAUCAUCAUAGCGGUUCCCAUCAGUCACAGGGGCAGGGUAAUAUAAGUUCAUUUUCCCAUGUAGUUGUGGGACUAGACUCUGCCCAAUCCUAUCACUCUCAAGCUGGCCUAAACACUUCUUCCACUAGAGGGAAUCAUGUGUCAUCAUCUGCUGUGUCUUCCAAUUUCAUGGACUUCAAUAUUUACACUCAGUUAAUGCCAUCAUCAUUAGAGUGUACUCAAACUGGUUCAAUGAAUAUGCAGCUUGGAAGCCACCAGCCCCUGUCAGUUUCUGGGGCUAUAUACAGAGAACAAAUGGUGACCCCACCAGAUUUCCAGUCUACAAAUUUAACAUUCUGUUGUGUUUCUCCAUCUUUGGUAACUUCAGCAAAACCAGCAAGCUCAUCAUCAACUGAGAAUCUGAGACAAAGCUCAGGAAGUGAAGAGUCUUCAAUGGCGGGUAUAUGUGUAGAACAAUCAUCUGUCCCAAGUCACUGACAACUAGUUGUUUUUAGUAAUAUUUCAAAAAAUGAAAACAAAAAAUUGAGUUGCUGCAACUUAAGUAAUUUUGAUGAGAUGCAGAAUCAUGACUCAUAUGUGUAGAUCAAAUAAAGAAUAUUACUUAAAAUGUCAAUAUAAACAAAAUGAAAUACUUUUUCUGCAUAUAUUUAAUAAUAAUUGACUUUGGCCCACAGAAAGUGUACUCUGAAAUUGGUUUUCAAGAGAAUAACCUAUUUUAUUGAAUCAGAUUAUGAUUAUCAAAUGACUUAUCAGUUUCAGUCACUAGCACUUCGGUUGGGGUUGAGCCAACUCAUGAUGGCGACAGUAGUAGACUUUGUUGGACCUGGUUCUCUCAUGGCUGAUUCUUUGUUCCCGACAUAUUAGUGAAAAUAUCGGUCACUGAGCUGCUUAUACCAGUACUAAAUGUAAAUAUAUGAUGCUAUUUAUUGUUUCUGGUGUGGGAAAAAGCUGCUACUUAAGCACCAGCUGAGCAAGGCAGGGAACUUAACACUGAUUUACUUAGUUUACCAUUUUCAGCAAACAGAAGUGUAAAUACUCUUUCACCAGAAUCAUGUAGUUAACUUUCAGUGUAAACUCUGUGUAUGAGAUGAAUAGUCCUUUCCUCUUCAUGAUUUAAGAUGUACAUACAUAUAUAUAUAUAUAUAUAUUUGUUGACACAAAACAUUGUUAAUCAGUCUUAUCCGACUAUGCAUUGUAAAUGUUAUUUUGGAGAUUUUAACUCCACAUUUGCAUAGCCUAAUUUAGCAAAACUGGUCAAAUUUAAGUUCCAUCAGAAAAUCCAGUUGUUUAAUGUAUCAUUCCACAUCAUCAUAUUAUCACUAUUUGCUAAAAUCUUUCAUGAUAUUGAUCAGAUGAGUGUAACUACCAAUGACAGUUCUUAUUGGUGAAAGUAUUGUCCACUUCAUACCUAAUAACACUAUAUUCAACUCUCAUCAUCAAAAAGUAUUGUUAUUUCUUUUCAGCAGAUAUCUUGUAUGCUUUUAUUCUUUUAAGAUAUAUUUGUUAUUAUUAUUUCAAAUUGUACUUUUAGUUUUCUACAUAGGGUCACAUUUGUCAAAAUUCAGUUAAAAAGAAAGAAAAUAAGCCAAUGUUUUUGUUUCACCAUUGUGCCAAUAUUUAGAGUGCAACCAUUUAGAAAUGACAAAGUAACUUAGUUCCUAAAUUGAUCCCUCUUGUUGAGGCUUUUUAUGUCAAAAAGUUCUAUUUUAUUUGAUACAGUUUUAGCAAUUUAGUUUCUUUUGAUUUUGAUGAAUAAGCUGAUUGUUAUUUUUAAAUCUGUGAAUGUUUGUGGCCUCUAUUUCACACAUACAGAUGUAUUCAUUGUUAAGUAAAUACCUUGUC